CCGCUAUGCCACCAGGCUGGCCCUCGGACUCCAUUUUUAAAUGGUGCCACUAUAGUCAGUUUUGACACAAUUAGAAAGAGGGACUGGGAAUUCACUGGACUGCGGGCUGAUCUUGGAGUAACAAGCCUUUCACCUACCACCUGGUAAAAAGAAUCAAUUAAUCAAUUAGGGCCUGCCUGCCAAUUCUUUCAGCCAAGAAUUUCCCUGCAUAGCAAGACGAUGCAGGGGGUAGAGGGAGCUAUGGGGGUGUUUGACAGAGGCCAGGAAGGAUUCUUGGAGGGGAUAUGUUUUCCAUAGAGGGAGGAGGACCCAGGAACACGCUGCCUGAGGGGAUGGCAUGGUGGGGAGUGAGGCUGGGCAGGGGGAUGCUGGUGGCUGGUGCAGUCCCACUGGUUUGGGGGACCAAACCCUUGGCUCAGGUGGUGAGGAGGUCCGAGCACAGAACGGGUUACUGUGGUCCACUGAGGUGGGCAGAGCAGGGAGCAAGGUGUCUUUUCUUUGAAAAAAAUUUUAAAUUGUCAUAAAAACUACAAUAUAAAAUUGAGCAUCUUAACCAUUUUUAAGUGUACAGUUUCCUACAGUAGGGGUAAGUAUAUUCACAUUGUUGGAAGACAGAUCUCCAAAACUUUUUCAGCUGGUAAAACCAAAACUCUAAACCCACUCAACAACAGCUCCCCACGUGCCCUUCUCCCUGGCCCCGGCAACCACCGUUCGACUUUCUACUUCUAUGCAUGUGACCACUUUAGAUACCUCACAUAGAUAGAAUCUCGGUGUUUGUGUUUUGGGGACUGGCUUAUUUCACUUAGCAUCACAUCCUCAUGGCUCAUCCAUGUUGUAGCGUGUGUCAGAAUUCCUUCCUUUUUAAGGCUGAAUAAUAUUCCAUUGUACAGAUGUGCCUCACUUUGUUGAUCCAUUCGUCUGUGGAUGGACAGUUGAAUUGCUCACACCUUAUGACUAUUGUGAAUAAUGCUGCUAUGAAUGUGGGUAUGCAAAUACCACUUUGAGGCCCAGCUUCAUUUCAUUUCAUUUCUUUGAGUAUAUACCCAGGAAUGCAAUGGCUGGAUUGGAGGAAUGCUUUUGAACCCAGGCUGGCUGGCCCAGCCCAGCCCUCCAACAUUGGAGAGACAGACGAGGCCCGACUCUGCUGUCACCAUCAGCCAUACCCAUUUCCACAGCAUAAGAACACUGUGCCCAGGUUCUGGGCAGCCACUCCAGCCCAGUGCAUGACCCACCUGCCCAGGCCAAGCCUAGUGAGAAGCCAUGUGGCUUCAGACCCAGGCCCCUCAGCACCCAGAGUCCAGGCUGGCCACUGCUGGCUCUCAGGAAAUACUGAACAAAUCAGGUGAGAAGAGGGAGGGUCACCCACACUGCGGGAGCAGAGGGUUGGGAGUGGCCCCGGCAGAACUUUGCAAAUGCUCCUCACCCAAGGCCUUGUGCCCCAUAAUUCCCACUUUACCCUGGGGACUCUGCUGUGAGGGGUGGACCUGCCUUUCUCAGGACCCCUGCCCUGAGGCUCGCUCAGCCACACCCUGCCACUUCCCUUCUGCCUCAUAGCUUAAAGUCACAAGGCAGGGGUGGGGUCAAGGUGGCUGCCUGGGGCACUGGGAGGGACAGGGAGCCUUUUACAGACAGGGAGAAGUCCUCCCCUGCUUUCAGCCCAGGCAGCUUGUAGUGCAACUGGUACCCUGGUGUCCCGUGUCUCCCGACUCCCAGCCUCGCUGUCCUCCCGCCAUCCCACAGGCAUGCGGGGAGCCUGGGUGCUGUUGCUGCUGCUUGGCCUGAGGCUACGGCUCUCCCUUGGGGUCAUCCCAGUUGAGGAGGAGGACCCGGCCUUCUGGAACCGCCAGGCAGCCCAAGCCCUGGACACCGCUAAGAAGCUGCAGCCCAUCCAGACGGCCGCCAAGAACCUCAUUAUCUUCUUGGGGGACGGGAUGGGGGUGCCCACGGUGACAGCCACUCGGAUACUGAAGGCGCAGAUGGAUGGCAAGCUGGGACCCGAGACGCCCCUGGCCAUGGACCACUUCCCCUACCUGGCUCUGUCCAAGACAUACAACGUGGACAGACAAGUGCCGGACAGCGCAGGCACAGCCACGGCCUACCUGUGCGGGGUCAAGGCCAACUACCAGACCAUCGGUGUGAGUGCGGCCGCCCGCUAUAACCAGUGCAACACGACGCGUGGCAAUGAGGUCACCUCCGUGAUGAAUCGAGCCAAGAAAGCAGGGAAGUCAGUGGGGGUGGUGACCACCACCAGGGUACAGCAUGCGUCGCCAGCCGGCACCUACGCGCACACGGUGAACCGCAACUGGUACUCGGACGCUGACAUGCCUGACGAGGCGCUGAAGGAGGGCUGCCAGGACAUCGCCACGCAGCUCAUCUCCAACAUGGACAUUGAUGUGAUCCUGGGCGGAGGCCGCAAGUACAUGUUUCCCAAGGGGACCCCAGACCCUGAGUAUCCGAAUGAUGCCAGCCAGAACGGAACCAGGGUGGACCAGCGGAACCUGGUGCAGGAGUGGCUGGCCAAGUACCAGGGUGCCCAGUAUGUGUGGAACCGCACGGCGCUCAUCCAGGCGUCCCAGGACCCCUCUGUGACACACCUCAUGGGCCUCUUUGAGCCAGAGGACAUGCAAUAUGAGGCCCAUCGAGACCUCACCCUGGACCCAUCCCUGACGGAGAUGACCGAGGCAGCCCUGCGUGUGCUGAGCAGGAACCCCAGUGGCUUCUACCUCUUCGUGGAGGGGGGCCGCAUCGACCAUGGUCACCAUGCUGGAACCGCUUACCUGGCGCUGACCGAGGCCACCAUGUUCGAUGAUGCCAUUGACAAAGCCAGCCAGCUCACAAGUGAGGAGGACACACUGACCCUUGUCACCGCUGACCACUCUCACGUCUUCUCUUUUGGUGGCUACACACUGCGUGGGAGCUCCAUUUUAGGGCUGGCCCCCAGCAAGGCCUCCGAUGGCAAGGCCUACACCUCCAUCCUGUAUGGCAAUGGCCCAGGCUAUGUGCUCAGUGGUGGUUCCCGGCCUGACGUCAACGAGAGCCAGAGCACCCCAGUGAUGAGGAUCAAGUCUGCCCCAGGGAAAGAAGCCCAAGGCGUCCUGCCCUACAUACCGAUCCAUAUCAUUCUCCAGGAAGCAUAAGACGUCCUGACCUGAUCUGACCUGAUUCCCAUCCCAAGUUAGAGGACCACCUGAUAACCAGACCCCACCUGCACUGAUUCCAUUUUAAUAACUUUUUUACAUGACCUUUCCUUUGUCUUGUGAAGAAAUAUCUUACAUACGUAUGCCUUAUAAUUUUAGCCCUGCCCUCACCCAUUGCAGCUCUUACUGCCCAUGGGUCCCAUCCCGGUGUCUGCAGCUCUUCACUGCCCAUGGAUGCUGUCCCCAUGCUAUUCUCUGAAUAAAAGAGCACUAUUACCAGAACUUGAGAGUCCAAGAAAUCUUUCUUUGGACUCUUUGGCUUGCCGAGCCUGCAUCACCAGUACGUAGUUAAUAUAUCCUGGUUGUAAGUUGUUCUAGUUUUUCUAUGUGAGCCACCACCACAGCAUCACCACUGACAGACAGGUGAUGUGGUUCCAUGCCCAAGAAGCAAACCCUGGCCACUGAGGUGGUGAGUGCCAACUUUAACCACUAGGCCAUCAGGGCCGGCUCCCAAGUUUUUUAAAUGUGUAGGCAUGAGGGGUUUUAUGAGUCCAACGUACUGUUGGCCAAAAUAUCACCUGUCCAUGGAAAUAUUGUCAAACAUCUGUUUUAACACCUUUACUUAAAUGGGGCUGAUGCACAGAAAAGGCAUUUAUCUUUUCAAGCUUUUUCCAGGGUGCCUACAAAUGACAGCUCUUGUCACCUUGCGGACUGUCAGCACCUUGGUCUUUAUGAAGGAGGAAAGUUAGAGAGUUAGCAAAGAAAGAGAGAAGGAGAAUUCACGGCAGCCCUGAAAUACUUUCCCUUAGAGGUGACUUGUCCUGUUGGUCGGGAGAGUUUUCUUGGUCCUGCCGAAUCUUAACCAAGUAUCACAAACCAUCUACUCUACUAGGACAAUCUUGGGGUUUUUUUGUUUUUAAAGAUUGGCACCUGAGCUAACAUCUGCUGCCAAUUUUUUUUUUUCCUUUUUCUUCUCCCCAAAGCUCCCCGGUAUAUAGUUGUAUAUUUCAAUUGCAGGUCCUUGUACUUGAAGCAUGUGGGAUGCCGCCUCAGCGUGGCCUGAUGAGCGGUGCCAUGUUUGCGCCCAGGAUCUCAACGGGUGAAACCCCAGGCCACAGAAGCCACAGGGUCAACCCCCAAUCUUGGUUUUAUGGUUAACACCACUGAUGGCUCUGACAGCAUCUUAUGUGCCCUCAAGGCUUCCAGUUCUUUUCUGCAGUGGUUUGACUGGGGAUAGGCCAAUGAGUGAGCUUUGCAGGUGUUGCUGUCACCCAGAGAAGUCCCUAAAACAUUUUCCAUGUCUAAUACUUGGCUUCUAAGUUGUGCUUACUUAUAGGAACCAAAGAAAAACAUCGUCAGAUGGUCAAACUGCAGAACCGGUCUGACAAAUAAAAAUGGCAAGCAAUAGGAUAUAUUGGAGUAUAUGAGGAAGCCAUUUGGUGUAAACCUAAUU